AUCUGCAUCCAGAUCUCAUAUCCGAAUUCCUCUCUUCAUCUCCAUUUCAAUAAACAAUCUUUCCGUACUCCCUCUACUGUGGAGCACACACCCGAACCACACUGGAUCACUUGAAACUGCUGAGCGGCGAAAAAUAUCUCAAAAAACUGCCAUCAAAACUCGCUUCAACUAGAGAACCAGAAUACAUGUGUUCUCUUAGCUACAGUGAUGAAGGUGUUUACGUGUAUGGCUUCUGUAACCAUUGCUUAUGGUUAGGAGUGCAAUUGUAUCAAUUCUGUUAGGCCUAUUGGACAGAGUUCCCUUUAUAGGGGACGUAAUGACUAGCAUUCCUGACAGACAUGAAUUUCUAGAUAGUGAUGGAGGCUUAGAUGAUGAAACCCUUGAAACUUGUGAGCAUGAAGACACGGAAGAUGGGCUGUUACUGAACUGCAAUUUGCAACAUGGUGCAAAAACUUCACCAGAAUCAUCAAUAGAAUAUAUAAGUGCUAACAAUGUAGAACCAUAUAAUGGGAUGACUUUCUCGUCAUUAGAUGAUGCAAGAGAUUUCUAUUAUGAAUAUGCCAAGCGGACAGGUUUCACUAUUCGAACAAAUCGGAUUAGACAUUCGCUAAAGAACAUGGCAGUCAUAGGACGAGACUUUGUUUGUUCUAGAGAAGGUUUUCGUGCUGCAAAGCAUGCACUGAGAAAAGAUAGAAUUCUUCCUCCUCGGCCUAUUACUAGAGAAGGAUGCAAAGCCAUGAUAAGGUUGGCUGCAAGAGAUGGUGGAGUAUGGGUAGUUACCAAAUUUGUGCGAGAGCACAACCACAAACUCAUGAACCACUGUAAUUUUCCCGGAGAAUUGCCAACCAUAAAUAUACUCAGCGAGGAAGAGAAGGAUAAGAAAAUCCAGGAUCUAUAUGAUGAGCUGCAGCGUGAAAGAGAAAGAUCAGCAACAAUUCAACAUCAGCUACACAGGAUUCUUAAAGAUAUUGAAGAACAUGCUGAGUUUAUGUCUAUAAGAGUUGAAGACAUUAUUAACAACUUGAAAGAAAUUGAACUUGGCAAUCUGUAGUUGUGAACCACAGAUAAGAAUAUAAUUCUAGUUAGAUAGAUCAAUGAAAGCCAAACUAGAGAAUGGCAAAACUCACUCUUACUUGAUUUAUUAGAGUCUGAGCACUAUCUCAUUA